AGAAAGGGGCGGAGGCGGACGGACGAACCGCCGGGAGACAAAGAGGCCCCGGCUCUCCCGGGGCAGCCCCGCUGCGAAAAGAACGGGCGAGGCGGCAGCAGGAGGCGGCGGCGUCUCCUCGGCCCCGAGCACAGGGGAGAGAAACCUGCCGGCCGGAGCUCCUUCGGGCUCUGUCUGUUCACAAUGAAUUUAUGGUGGAUCCGUCCGGCAGUCGGUGGCCCACGGUUGCUCGGCAACAGCAGAAGCGGAUUGAAGGGACCGGCCGCUGGAGGAUGCCGAAGCCUCCCGGGUCAGCGGUGGGAGCAGCUUUGCGUAAAGCGAGGGGUGCCGGUCCCUGUUUUCUCUUCCCGCUUUUGAAGAGAAGCUGCCGAGUGAGCGUACGCUGCGGUGAAGUUCUACAAGAUGCAGCCCUCGGGAACCGGUUGCUGUGGGGUUGCUCGUGCGGCCAGCUUUUGGUGUCGGUUGUUCCGGCGCUCCGUCGCGGUGUAGAGCCGGCCCCCGGCGGGUCUGUGACCUCGCGGGAAGCCCAGGCUGCUGCACAGAGCUCGUCGGGAGCGGGAGCCGCGGAGGCGGGGGGCCUCGACGAGCCAGAGCUGCGUCAGACGGAGGGGGCGCGCGUGCUGCCCGGGGGCCGCGUCCGGCGGAGCCGGAGUGACCUGCGGCGGCAACGAGCGGGAGCCGCUCGGAGCUGGAGCGGCCGUUGGCCGCGCCUUCCCUGGGGAGUGGAUCCGUCCGGCAGUCGGUGGCCCACGGUUGCUCGGCAACAGCAGAAGCGGAUUGAAGGGACCGGCCGCUGGAGGAUGCCGAAGCCUCCCGGGUCAGCGGUGGGAGCAGCUUUGCGUAAAGCGAGGGGUGCCUGUCCCUGUUUUCUCUUCCCGCUUUUGAAGAGAAGCUGCCGAGUGAGCGUACGCUGCGGUGAAGUUCUACAAGAUGCAGCCCUCGGGAACCGGUUGCUGUGGGGUUGCUCGUGCGGCCAGCUUUUGGUGUCGGUUGUUCCGGCGCUCCGUCGCGGUGUAGAGCCGGCCCCCGGCGGGUCUGUGACCUCGCGGGAAGCCCAGGCUGCUGCACAGAGCUCGUCGGGAGCGGGAGCCGCGGAGGCGGGGGGCCUCGACGAGCCAGAGCUGCGUCAGACGGAGGGGGCGCGCGUGCUGCCCGGGGGCCGCGUCCGGCGGAGCCGGAGUGACCUGCGGCGGCAACGAGCGGGAGCCGCUCGGAGCUGGAGCGGCCGUUGGCCGCGCCUUCCCUGGGGAGUGGAUCCGUCCGGCAGUCGGUGGCCCACGGUUGCUCGGCAACAGCAGAAGCGGAUUGAAGGGACCGGCCGCUGGAGGAUGCCGAAGCCUCCCGGGUCAGCGGUGGGAGCAGCUUUGCGUAAAGCGAGGGGUGCCUGUCCCUGUUUUCUCUUCCCGCUUUUGAAGAGAAGCUGCCGAGUGAGCGUACGCUGCGGUGAAGUUCUACAAGAUGCAGCCCUCGGGAACCGGUUGCUGUGGGGUUGCUCGUGCGGCCAGCUUUUGGUGUCGGUUGUUCCGGCGCUCCGUCGCGGUGUAGAGCCGGCCCCCGGCGGGUCUGUGACCUCGCGGGAAGCCCAGGCUGCUGCACAGAGCUCGUCGGGAGCGGGAGCCGCGGAGGCGGGGGGCCUCGACGAGCCAGAGCUGCGUCAGACGGAGGGGGCGCGCGUGCUGCCCGGGGGCCGCGUCCGGCGGAGCCGGAGUGACCUGCGGCGGCAACGAGCGGGAGCCGCUCGGAGCUGGAGCGGCCGUUGGCCGCGCCUUCCCUGGGGAGUGGAUCCGUCCGGCAGUCGGUGGCCCACGGUUGCUCGGCAACAGCAGAAGCGGAUUGAAGGGACCGGCCGCUGGAGGAUGCCGAAGCCUCCCGGGUCAGCGGUGGGAGCAGCUUUGCGUAAAGCGAGGGGUGCCUGUCCCUGUUUUCUCUUCCCGCUUUUGAAGAGAAGCUGCCGAGUGAGCGUACGCUGCGGUGAAGUUCUACAAGAUGCAGCCCUCGGGAACCGGUUGCUGUGGGGUUGCUCGUGCGGCCAGCUUUUGGUGUCGGUUGUUCCGGCGCUCCGUCGCGGUGUAGAGCCGGCCCCGUACGUAGCGUGGAUCCGUCCGGCAGUCGGUGGCCCGCGGUUGCUCGGCAACAGCAGAAGCGGAUUGAAGGGACCGGCCGCUGGAGGAUGCCGAAGCCUCCCGGGUCAGCGGUGGGAGCAGCUUUGCGUAAAGCGAGGGGCACGUGAAGCCGGGCGUGCGGUGCCGACCGCCCAGCAGGUGCCGGUCCCUGUUUUCUCUUCCCGCUUUUGAAGAGAAGCUGCCGAGUCAGCGUACGCUGCGGUGAAGUUCUACGAGAUGCGGCCCUCAGGAACCGGUUGACGUGAGGGAAAUGCUUUCUGACCGCCUGCGCGGUGAGGGGACGUUUUUCACCUUUUAGCUCCUUCUGCACGACAAGAGGGAGACGGAAGAGGGGGAGCUGUGACCGCCCCGUGCUCAGCAGACCCCCCAGCCCGGGUGGGGGGAGCAGCGCCAGAGCGGGAGACGCGGCUCCAUCCUCCGUCCCCAGCGUGCCGGGGGGCGGCUGCCGGCCUGUGGGACGUGGCUGCGGCUGUUCGGGGCGCUGCCCCCCCAUUUUUGGGCGCUCUGAGCAGCCCGAUGUGCUGUUAAAGGUUGUGGUGGUGCGGGUCAGGGAUCCCCAGGCUGUGCCGAGACCGCAGGACGGCUGCUGGUGGAACAAAGUCCGGGACAGCUUCUCAGAUGUUUUAGAGACGGAUUCUUGCAGGAUCUAUUUCUGGUUCGUCCUUCACUCCUCCCCAGACCGCAGCGCUGGUCCGAGUUCCCCAGCACACGUGUGUGUGUCCAGCCGGGUACGCUGGGGGAGCGCGUCAGGGCGGGCAGACGGCUGAAUGGACGCGCUGUCAGCGACUGCGGAACGAGCUGGGGCUGCUUUGACCGUGUCCAGCCUUAUCUCCCAAUCACAGAGACAGCGUCGCUGUGCAGCUGCUAAGGACAGCGCGUCUCGUGCAGAACAGCAUCCUUUGUGCUCCGUGUGCGUGUUCCUCCUUUGAAAUGAAGUUGGGCCGCCCGGUGUUCCACGUUACGUGUGGUACCUGCUGGGCUGAGUCUCCUCCCCGCGCUCCGGUCGGUUCCGUCGCGCUGCCGCAGCCCCGGCAGCACCGCGGCGUUCGCUGGACGCGUUGUUGGCGGAGCCGGCACCGACAAUCUUGACACGUCGAGGCGCUGCGGUGGGUUUGCCUGGGAAUUCCAAGGUAAUUCCAAGGCAGACAGUAAUAAUCCCCAAUUUAUGUAGUAAAAUUUAAAACAGUGGAAUAUAAAUACUGGAGCGCUAAUUGGAAGUAAUACCUGUAGAGAAAAAAACCUCUAGUUUAUAUCUACAAUAAAAAAUAAUGUGUGCUAGUAAAUCCGCCUGGUAGUAAUGUAAUGAUAAAAAUGUUAAAGUGUAAAUAGAUGAAAUUAUAUAGGCAUGAGCAAGAAGUAAAUUUAAUUUCAGCUAUUACUUGGUGAACUAGGCAGCAGUUGUUCCCAAUCUGAAUGCUAGUUUAAAAAACACAUUGUUUGGAAUUCCUUUUAAAUGAUAAAGGCAGAAAACUAAUGUGGAGUCAUUGGUAGCUUCAUUUGAACAACCGUUAUGAAAUAAACCGCAGACACGAAUGACUGCAUAGGAAACAAAGUGAGGAAGCUUUAGAUUUUAAACAGCAUUGGAAAGUGAUCGGGAGUGUUUAGUAUUUAAAUUAUAACAGACCCACGAGAUGGGAGGCAACAAAGCUCAGAACCAAACAGAGUCAAAACGUUACAUUUCUUUUUUUAAAGAGAAGUAUAAUGGAACCACGAAGUAGUGGCUGUUUAUAAACAGAGGUAUUAAAAAGUUCCCAGGCAGUAAUGAUUCCCAACAGAACACUAAAAGAUAUUUAGAUGUAAAAUAAUAUUAGAAAACAGUUAUGACAGUCUGAAUUUAACCACAGCUUUUUUGGGGUUGUGCAAAAACAUGACCGCUAUUAAUUACCUCUGAGUUAAAAUAAAAAGACAUCAAACUAGCUGUGAUUAACAACAGCUAAUUUUAAUUUUUCAGUGUGCUAUCCAGUCCGGCUUCUCCCUCCAAGGGCGUGGUCUGAGAAAGCCACACCCCCAACUCCCCCCCGUCCAAGCUCCGCCCCUGCCAGUCUGUGCCCUCCCCGAGGCGCGUGUCCCUUACAGACCCCUCCCAGCAGCAUAAUGCAUCGAAGCCCCGCCCGCGGCUCCACCCCUAAACUCAGCCCCUGCUAAACCACGCCCCCUCAGAGCACGUGCUGUACAGAGCCCACCCUACUCUCGGCUCCACCCCUCCCUUCCUAAGCUACGCCCUCUUUGGGCGUGUCCUUCUCCGUACCCCAAGCGGCUCCUCCUAUGGGGGUGUGACACACGGAGGCCCCACCCCCUGCCCAGUUCCCCCAGGUGGGCCUCCCAAUGGGCGUGUCCUCCCAGUCCACGCCCCUCAGCACGGAUCCCACCCCCGUGGGUGGGGCUACACCCAGCUGCGCGGGCGGCCCCCCCACCCAUGCGUGACCCUCAGUAACCCCAUGGCAGCCCUAUGGCUGCCCCACAGGUAUCGCUACAGCAGCCCUGCUCCUGCCCCGCAAGAGCUCCAGACACGCCUCUGCAGAGCCCCCACAGCAGCCACUCCAGUGCCCCACAGCUAUCACCGCAGCCGCCCCAUCCCGCCCCACGGCCGCCGCUGCGGGACCCCUGGAGCCCCCGGCCCCACACCCGCCCCGCAGCCCCACAGCGCGCGGUCUCGCGGCCGCGGUGCCGGUGAAGCCACGUGCCGGCCGCGGCCGGAGGAGCCGCCGCUUUUCCACCCCCACACCCCCGAUCGCUGCUGCCGCGGCCGGAGGAGCCGCCGGUUUCCCCCCCCCACAUCCCCCGAUCGCUGCUGCCGCGGCCGGAGGAGCCGCCGGUUUCCCGCCCACACAUCCCCCGAUCGCUGCUGCCGCGGCCGGAGGAGCCGCCGGUUUCCCCCCCUCACACCCCCCGAUCGCUGCUGCUGCCGCGGCCGGAGGAGCCACCGGUUUUGCCCCAACAUCCCCCGAUUGCUGCUGCUGCCGCGGCCGGAGGAGCCACCGGUUUCCCCCCCACAUCCCCCGAUCGCUGCUGCUGCCGCGGCCGGAGGAGCCGCCGGUUUCCCCCCCACACACCCCCCGAUCGCUGCUGCUGCCGCGGCCGGAGGAGCCGCCGGUUUUCCGCCCAGCCCCGACUCUCCUCCUUCCUCCUCAAUCGCCGCUGCCUGCCGCCACGAUGUCUUCUCUUCCGUCAUCUUGUUUCCCCCUUCUGCGCUCAUUCGCUAUUUUAUACCGAGGGAGGGAGGAGGCGCUCGCUGAUUGGCUGACAGUGUCAGCCUCGGAAGUCGUCCAUUGGCUCAUCCCCACGAGGGGUUCUCCGAGGGGGUGGGAGAAAGGCGCUGAUUGGUCACCGUGUCGCUGAGGGGAGGAAGGCACUGAUUGGUCACUUUCCGCCGAAGUUCGCCCUCCCAGUAACAGGCGCUGAUUCGCUAGCGCCCCUGAGGUAGAAAAGGCGCUGAUUGGUCGGCGUUUUCUCGCCGACGUUAGCCCACAGCAACGAAGCGCUGAUUGGGCAGCGCGGCUGACGGGGCGGCUCGGCCAUUGGCAGGAGGGCGGGCGGGGGGCGGGACCGGGCGGGACAACGAGGUAAUAAAUGGGGCGGCGCAGAACGCGCGCAGGACCAGAAAGGCGGAGGCGGCAGCGGCAGCGCGAGCUCAUCGGCCCCCCCCCCCCCCCCGCCCCCCCGCGGCGGGAAACCGGAGAACGGCAGGAACGGCGGCCGGAAUCAGUUAACGGGGUGGGUAAGGGCGGUAAUUAUCGUGCGGGUGUUAAUUGGGGCUCGGCGGGUUAAUGAGUGACCGGCGGGCUGGGGUGUAUCUGGGGGUUUUGAUCGGAACUGGGGUUUUAAAGCCGCGGGUUUGGGGGGGGGGCGGGGCGGGGGCGAUUAAGGCUCCCGGAGCCGCUUUAGCGGCUUAAAUCUUUGUGUUGAACGCGGGAGGAGCCGGUUCGGGGCUUUUCUCAGCAAUCGGGGCUGGUUUGGGUCCAAUUCGGCUUUUAAAAGAUGUUUUUACGUAAUUUUUGGGUGCCGAUUUGUGCCAGAAGGCGCCUUUGAAAUCUGUUUAUUGAGGGUUUAUCAGGAGAAUUAAAGUUUAAAGCUCGGGGAGAUUUGGGGCUUUUCCCCGGGAUUUUGAGUCCAAAUCGGUUUUUUUAGAGCCCUUAUUUAUUUAAAUUGUUAUGUUUAAAGGGUUUAUUUGAGGUUUUAUUUGGAACAUUUUGGGCGGGUUUGAGGCUCCUAAGGUUUAAUUGUUGGUUUAUUAUUUGAUUUAUUAUUUCACUGCGGUUCGGGGCUCCUGAAGACGCUGAGUUGUUUCAAUUAUUUAGCGCUGUGAGGAGCCGUUUUGGGGCCGUUGGGGUCUAAAUCGGCUUUUUGAAAGGUUUAUUUAACGCGUUUAAAGUUUGAGGGGCCGAUUUGCGACUUUAAAGCUUUUUGAAUCUACUUAUUGAUAAGAAUUUAUACAAUAGAUUAAUAUUUAAAGCCCGGGGGGAGAUUUGGGGCUGUUUCCCAGGAUUGCGAGUCCAAAUGCGUUUUUUUCUGUUAACCGCUUAUUAAUUUAAAUUAUUAUAUUUAAACGGGGCUUUUUGAGGUUUUAUGAGGGUUUUUUUGAGCAUUUUGGGCGGUUCUGAGGCUCCUAAAGCCGCUUAAUUGUUUAAAUUAUUAAUUGUUAAAAUAAUGUAAGUAGUUGUUGAAAUAAGUGUGUAAGUUAUUGUAUUUAAAGCCGGGAGGGGCAUUUCGUUGCUUUUUGGGGGGUUUUAGGGCUGAAUUCACUUCAUUGAACGUGUCUAGAGCUGGGGGUCCCAGAUCUGGUGCUAAUUUGGCCCCAAAAAAAGCUUUAAAAAUCUAUUUAUUUAUAUAAUUUACUGAAUUAAUAUUUAAGCGGGAACAUGUUCGGCUUUUUUAACCCGCCGCCAUUUUGUCUCCCCCGUCCCGCUCUCCCUCACGCUGAGGGGGCCGAGGAGACGCUCGCUGAUUGGCCGGUGCCGUCUGGCGGGAAAGCCUCCCCCGGCUCAGCCCCGCUCGGCUGUCUCCGAGGGAGAGAAAGGCGCUGAUUGGUCGCUGCCUCUGAGGAGAGAAAGGCGCUGAUUGGUCGCCGCCUCCCUAAACCCACCUCCUGCGCAGAGAACUGCGACGGCAGCCUGGCCACGCCCCCUCCGGCUGAUCGCGCCCCCCGCUCCGGCUGACCACGCGUGCCCCCCCCCCGCAACUCGGCUGACCGCGUGCCCCCCCCAACUCCGGCUGACUGUGCCCCCCUGCCCCCCGGCUGAUCCCGUGCCCCCCCCACUGCACUCCUGCUGACUGUGCCCCCCCCACCUCCUCCGGCUGGCCACAUCUCCACUGCACACCAUGGCGGGGAAGGGGCGGGGGGGGAUCACAAGGGUCUAUGGGGCAGUGUGGGGGUCAGGGCGGCUGUGGGGUCAAUGGGGUUGUUGUGGGGUGAAACACCCCUGAAGAGGCUGAACCCCCUACAGGUGAGUGACCCACACAGUGCCCCACAGUGCCCCAUAGCACCUCCAUUCUGCCCUACGGAUCCACAACACUGCCCCACAGCACCCUAUAGCUCCUGCUUGCUAUCCCACAGCACCCCAUGGCUUCUCCACUCUGCCCCAUAUGUCUACAGCAGUGCCACAGAGUACCUCAUAUGUCUUCCACUCUGCCCCAUGGGUGCAGAGUGCUGCCCUACAGCACCCUAUAGCUCCUGUACUCUGCCCCACAGAUCCACAGUGCUGUCCCACAGCACCCUAUAGCUCAUGUGGCCUAUAGACCCACUGUACUGCCCUACAAUGCCCCAUGGCUCCUACACUCUGCCCCAUAGACCCACAACACUGCCUCACAACACCCCAUUGCUCCUGCACUCUGCCCCAUGGAUGCCCAGUACUGCCCCACAGCACCAUAUAGGUCCUGUACUCUGCCCCAUAUAUCCACAGGAGUGCCCUGCAGCACCCCAUGGCUCCUGCACUCUGCCCCAUGGAUGCCCAGUACUGCCCAACAGCACCAUAUAGGUCCUGUACUCUGCCCCAUACAUCCACAGGAGUGCCCCCCAGCACCCCAUGGCUCCUGCAUUCUGACCCAUGGAUGCCCAGUACUGCCCCACAGCACCAUAUAGGUCCUGUACUCUGCCCCAUACAUCCACAGGAGUGCCCCCCAGCACCCCAUGGCUCCUGCAUUCUGACCCAUGGAUGCCCAGUACUGCCCCACAGCACCAUAUAGGUCCUGUACUCUGCCCCAUACAUCCACAGGAGUGCCCCCCAGCACCCUAUGGCUCCUGCAUUCUGACCCAUGGAUGCCCAGUACUGCCCAACAGCACCAUAUAGGUCCUGUACUCUGCCCCAUACAUCCACAGGAGUGCCCCCCAGCACCCUAUGGCUCCUGCAUUCUGACCCAUGGAUGCCCAGUACUGCCCAACAGCACCAUAUAGGUCCUGUACUCUGCCCCAUACAUCCACAGGAGUGCCCCCCAGCACCCUAUGGCUCCUGCAUUCUGACCCAUGGUGGAUGCCCAGUACUGCCCCACAGCACCAUAUAGGUCCUGUACUCUGCCCCAUACAUCCACAGGAGUGCCCCCCAGCACCCCAUGGCUCCUGCACUCUGCCCCAUGGAUGCCCAGUACUGCCCCACAGCACCGUAUAGCUCCUCUACUCUGCCCCAUACAUCCACAGGAGUGCCCCCCAGCACCCCAUAGUGACUCUACUCUUCCCCAUAGACCCACAGUGCUGCCGCACAGGACUCUACUCUGCCCCUUAGACCCAGAGAGCUGCCCCACAGCAGCCUGUAGGUGCUGCGUUCUGCCCCAUUGGUGCAAAGUGCUGCCCCACAGCGCCCCACACCUCUGUCCACCUGACCACCCUUCCCUCCUGACUGCGCCUGCACUGCCCACUAUGGGUGGGUCACAAGGGUCUAUGGGGCGGUGUGGGGGUCAGGGGGGCUGUGGGGUCAAUGGGGUUGUUGUGGGGUGAAACACCCCUGAAGAGGCUGAACCCCCUACAGGUGAGUGACCCACACAGUGCCCCACAGUGCCCCAUAGCACCUCCAUUCUGCCCUACGGAUCCACAACACUGCCCCACAGCACCCUAUAGCUCCUGCUUGCUAUCCCACAGCACCCCAUGGCUUCUCCACUCUGCCCCAUAUGUCUACAGCAGUGCCACAGAGUACCUCAUAUGUCUUCCACUCUGCCCCGUGGGUGCAGAGUGCUGCCCUACAGCACCCUAUAGCUCCUGUACUCUGCCCCACAGAUCCACAGUGCUGUCCCAUAGCACACUAUAGCUCAUCUGGCCUAUAGACCCACUGUACUGCCCUACAAUGCCCCAUGGCUCCUACACUCUGCCCCAUAGACCCACAACACUGCCUCACAACACCCCAUUGCUCCUGCAUUCUGACCCAUGGAUGCCCAGUACUGCCCAACAGCACCAUAUAGGUCCUGUACUCUGCCCCAUAUAUCCACAGGAGUGCCCUGCAGCACCCCAUGGCUCCUGCACUCUGCCCCAUGGAUGCCCAGUACUGCCCAACAGCACCAUAUAGGUCCUGUACUCUGCCCCAUACAUCCACAGGAGUGCCCCCCAGCACCCUAUGGCUCCUGCAUUCUGACCCAUGGAUGCCCAGUACUGCCCCACAGCACCAUAUAGGUCCUGUACUCUGCCCCAUACAUCCACAGGAGUGCCCCCCAGCACCACAUGGCUCCUGCACUCUGCCCCAUGGAUGCCCAGUACUGCCCCACAGCACCGUAUAGCUCCUCUACUCUGCCCCAUACAUCCACAGGAGUGCCCCCCAGCACCCCAUAGUGACUCUACUCUUCCCCAUAGACCCACAGUGCUGCCGCACAGGACUCUACUCUGCCCCUUAGACCCAGAGAGCUGCCCCACAGCAGCCUGUAGGUGCUGCGUUCUGCCCCAUUGGUGCAAAGUGCUGCCCCACAGCGCCCCACACCUCUGUCCACCUGACCACCCUUCCCUCCUGACUGCGCCUGCACUGCCCACUAUGGGUGGGUCACAAGGGUCUAUGGGGCGGUGUGGGGGUCAGGGUGGCUGUGGGGUCAAUGGGGUUGUUGUGGUGUGAAACACCCCUGAAGAGGCUGAACCCCCUACAGGUGAGUGACCCACACAGAGACCCACAGCAGCCCAUAGCCCCUCUGCCCUAUAGAGUCACUGCACCCGAUAGCUGCUUUUACUCUGCCCCAUAAAUGGACAGCAGUGCUCCACAGCACCCUAAGUCUCCACUGUGCCACAUAGACACACAGUGCUGUCCCACAGCACCCCAUAUCUUGUUCACUCUGCCCUAUAGACCCACAGUGUAACCCUACAGCACCCCAUAGUUCCUCUGCCCUAUAGAUCAACAGCACUGUCCCAGAAAACACCAUAGCUUCUUCCCACUAGCCCAUAGGCCAGCAAUUCUGCCCUACAGUGCACUAGCUCCUGCACCCUAUCCCAUAGACCCACAGCAGUGCUCCACAGAUCCAGUCUGCCCUAUACAGCCACAGCACUGCUCUGCAGCACCAUAUACUUCCAGCACUCUGGCCCAUUGAUAUGUAGCACCCCACAGCUGCUGCAUUCUGCCCAUAGAUCGACGUUCCUGGGUCCCCUCACCCCACCAGCUGUCCUGGGUUGCGAUGCUGCACGGGGCCCUGUGCACAACAAAAUGAGGACAGCAUGGCUGCUGGGCGCCACCCUGCUUGGAAUCCGAGAUGGCUGGGGGGGGAGGGCUGGCAGCCAUGCUGGCACUGCCGGAGGGGCUGUUGGUCUGCGCCGUGCUCAGGCGGCAGCUCCCGGCUGUAUCGGCUGCUCCUGUGGCCCUGCACCCUGCCCAUGGGAACAAGGUGGCUGCCCUGAUGGGCGUGGCCAUCUCGGCUGCUGUGUCCCUGCUGGUGGGCGGGGCCAUGGCUGUCAUGGCUGCCAAGCCUGUGCUGGAAGGGUGGGGCUGAGGUGGGUGGGGCCUGCCUAGGGUGGCCAUUCUGGGGUGGGGCCCAAGGUGGGUGGUGGGGCCUGUGACUCUGUUUGCCCCUGACGGCCAUCUUGGAAAAGGGCAGCACUGUGCCGCUGCCAUCCUGACGUUGCUCCCCCAGGGCCAUGUUGGGGGAUUUUUAACCUGGUUUUGGGGCCAAUUCUCACCCAAUAAAAUUAAAUAAUGUAAAAAAA